CACCGUUUUAACCCCACGCCUCUCUCUUUAUCUCUCUUUCUCACAUUCAGAUCACACCAGACUCGAGCCUCAAAUCCUCAUCCUCAAGACCCAAGCAUUCCUUACAACUCUUCUAAAUCAGAACCUAUAAAAGACUUCUCUUUUCAAAAUUUUCCCUCUUUAACCCCUGAUUUCAACGCUUUUCCCUCCAAUUCCUGGGUGUUUCUCUUCUGGGUGCCCUUCAAAACCUAGAUUUCUCAAGAUCUGACUCUAAUCUGCCCCAAAUUUGUAUCAACAUCAUGUUAUAUUGCGAUACUCUUAAUCUUUUAGCUUAGAUAAGAAAAGCCCAGAAGCUAUUUUUUGUGAAUUUGUAGUUUUCUUGCCGUUGACUUGAAUCGGGAUCUUAAAAUUUUGGAAAAAUAAUUUUUGAUUUUUAUCCUUGAGGAGAGAAACCCAGAUUUUGUUUUGAUAAAAGAAAAGAUAAAAGCGUGAAAGUUAAAUUUUUGUAUAAAUUUAGGGAUUUUAUCGAUAAGUGAGGAACAAAGCAAGAUAUGGCUGAUCAAGGUGGCUUGGAAGGGAGCCAGCCGGUGGAUCUUUCCAAGCAUCCCUCUGGCAUUGUUCCCACUCUUCAGAACAUUGUAUCAACUGUUAACUUAGAUUGUAAGUUGGAUCUGAAGCAGAUUGCCUUGCAAGCUCGUAAUGCUGAAUAUAAUCCCAAGCGUUUUGCUGCCGUCAUUAUGAGAAUAAGGGAACCAAAAACUACAGCUUUGAUUUUUGCUUCUGGAAAGAUGGUUUGCACUGGUGCAAAGAGUGAACAACAGUCAAAACUAGCUGCAAGAAAGUAUGCUCGGAUCAUCCAAAAGCUUGGUUUUCCAGCAAAGUUCAAGGACUUCAAGAUUCAAAAUAUUGUUGGUUCUUGUGAUGUAAAAUUUCCUAUCAGACUUGAAGGUCUUGCAUACUCCCAUGGUGCUUUCUCGAGUUAUGAACCGGAACUCUUUCCUGGCCUUAUAUAUCGAAUGAAACAACCCAAAAUUGUGCUACUAAUUUUCGUCUCUGGAAAGAUUGUGAUUACAGGAGCUAAGGUAAGAGAUGAGACCUACACGGCAUUUGAGAACAUAUACCCUGUGCUUACUGAGUUCAGGAAGGUCCAACAGUGAAAAUUUUGCUUGACUGGUGCAGACUGGCAGAUGAUAUUGAGUGGUUCUACUCUGUUGUCGACGGUUCUCAGUUCAGAAAAUGCUUCUUUUUUUUUUUUAAUUGCCUGAUGUCGAAGGAGGCUGAUUCAAGUGUGUAUAUAUAUGAAGCAUGGGCUGCGGGAGCUGGCUUUUUAUGCUUGUGGUUAUUUCAUUUGGGUAAAUCUAAUCAGACACCUUCGGAGAAUUGGUGCAUGAUGAGCUGAAACAUCCUGUGUAAUUACUCAUUUGGCAAGAGUAGGAGUGAAGCCACAUACUUGUUUCCUGAUUAUUUAAUGUGAACCAAAAAGUAUUUUUGGAUGUCUCUAGUAAUAGCAACUACGUUCCAAUUUUGACAA